UCAUUCUGCCUAAUUGACAGCCUACGGAAUGGUUGUCCCUUCUCUUUUUUAUUGAUUUUUAUUAACUAUGGUUUUUAUUCAAUUUUUGCAACUUUUGCGAGAUGAAAAGACGGACUAAGCCUCCGUGAAAUCCUCAACUGGGAGACAAGACACAGCUGCAGCAAAGUUCCACUUGUUCCGCACGGAACCUGAAAGACGAGAAGUCAGAGAGUACGACCAAAAAAAGAAAGCGAGAGGAAGCAGAAAAGAAACUUGAAUUUGAAGCGAAAAAGAAAGCAAUCGCUAAGCUAGCAGCAUCGGCUACAUUAGAGCGCCAAAAAAAACAUUUUUGAGAUCAGAGAAAAAAAAUGUAUAACUCUUGCGAGACUGACCUAUUGGAACACGGAAAUGCCUUCGUCGGUCCUGAGAAAAUACAAUGGACCCAUUCGACACUUUGUUAAAAUUGACAAUGUUGCCUAAUAUUCAGGAACUACUGGACAUCACAGCGAACAAACCGAUUUACAUAAAUGUUUGCUUUUUUUUCUAUGAUACACAUUUUUUUUUAAAAAUUUUUUGAAAAUUUUUUAAU